AUGCGCUUGUCACUCUGGUCUGCUGCGAUUUUCGCCGGCUCUUGUCUGGCACAAGGUGAUCUCGCUGGGCUUCUCGCUUCGCAAGACGAUCUCAGUACGUUGCUUGAGCUAGUCGGUCUUGUUGAUGGCCUUGCAGAAACGCUCGCAUCGGCCUCCAACAUCACCAUCAUAGCCCCGACCAAUUCCGCUUUUGCCAAUGUGCCACGGGACAUUCCAGAGGGCGAGGCUAUUGAGCUUCGCAACGACACUAUCGCUAUUGCAGCCUUGCUUGCGAACCAUGUUUUCAAAGGAGUUUACCCAUCCAGCGUCAUCACUGAAGUGCCCACCUUUGCUCAGACCCUGCUCAACGGUUCCUACAUCACCGCUCGCCAGCCUUUCUCCAACUUCACUGGAGGCGCCUACAACGGACUCGUCAAGAACGGGAAGGACGUGUGCAUCCUGUCUGGGGAGCAAACCAUCUCCACGGUCACUCAAGCUGACAUCAAACUUGGUGAAGGUAUCACAAUUCACAAGGUCGAUACCGUGCUAUCCUUUGGAGCCCCAUUCCAGCUCUUCACGUUCCGAGCAGGCUACCGCGCCAUGAAUGCCGCUCUGGAGGCGGCUCACCUCAACUUUGCUUUUGGCGAGACUGGAGCCGACGUUCAAGGUCUCAACAUUUCUGACUACACAAUCUUCGUCCCAACUGAUGAAGCUUUCAAGUUAAUCGGCUCUGUACUUGAAACAGCGGAUCUAGAGACACUUCAGCAAGUGCUUCAGUACCACAUUAUUCCUAACAACUAG